CACAAAGCAAGAGAAUCCCAAGGGAAAGAAAAGCUCUAGUUGGAGGAAGAGAGAAGCUAGGAAAAUCCACAAGAAAUAGUUUGUGUUUAAGGAGUCGAAAUCGCCGGAAACCGCCACUUUAAGGGAGCUGCCCGUUUCUGCAGAACACGAAAGCCGCCCGGCUUUCGUGAAAGCCGCCCGGAUUUUGCCCAGCAGCUCAGUUUUACACCUUCAAUCGGCCUGGAACGGGGAUUGAUCGAGGGGCUUAGCAAAGGCAACUAUUUCAGCACUUCAUAAGUUUCAGGUAGGACUUGAAGGUUGCUACCAUCGCCCGCGGCUUCGGGAGGAUCAAGGGGAGAAGAUGUGGUUCGUGCUUCUUCCGUGCAACACUUCGAAUGUGCAUUGACUAUCGUCAACUGAACAAGGUCACAAUCAAGAAUAGGUAUCCCUUGCCUAGGAUUGAUGACUUGUUUGAUCAGCUCCGAGGAGCGACAAUAUUUUCGAAGAUUGACUUGAGGUCGGGGUACCACCAACUGAAAAUAAAGGAGGAUGACAUACCGAAGAGUGCAUUCCGCACAAGGUAUGGUCAUUUCGAGUUCCUAGUUAUGUCGUUCGGGCUAACCAACGCCCCGGCGGCAUUUAUGGACUUGAUGAACCGGGUAUUUCAUAAAUACUUGGACCGGUUUGUGAUUGUGGUCAUAGAUGAUAUCUUGAUUUACUCAAAGAGUGAAGAAGAGCAUGAGGAGCACUUGAUACUUGUUCUUGAGACACUACGGGAGAAGCAACUCUACGCCAAGUUUUCCAAAUGUGAAUUUUGGCUAUGGGAGAUUGGCUUCCUCGGGCAUGUGGUUUCAGGAUCAGGGAUUGCCGUAGAUAACAAGAAGAUUGAGGCCAUUACUGAAUGGGAGAGGCCAAAGAACGUCAAGGAAAUUCGUAGCUUCCUUGGAUUGGCAGGGUACUACCGAAAAUUUGUGGAGAAGUUCUCAGUUUUGGCAUCGCCAUUGACAAAGCUCACUCGAAAGGGGGCCAAGUUUGUAUGGGAUGACCGAUGUGAGAAGGGAUUCCUUGAACUGAAG